GGUUGCUGGUGUUUGUUGCGUGCGUCGCGCGGCGGGAAUUCGUUUGCGGAGGCCAACUGGCGCUUGCUCUGGUCGUGGCUGUGUUGUCGGGCGCGCCGACCGUUCGAGCUUCUGGCUCGUCUAAGCGCGUGACAGGGGCUGUGAAGCGCUGCUGCUUUCUUUUCGGCGCGCAAAAGUGAGCCAGCGGCCUGUUUGGACCCUGCGCAAAAUGCUCACUUUGCCGCAAAUUGCUCCUCAGCUCACACCGCGGCGCGCCCACGCCCGCGGACUGCCUUUUCUUUUUGAAGACGAAGCACGACUCUCACGAGCGACGUUGCGCCAACUUAACACUUCGCGGCACGCGGCGCGCACCAAAUUGCGGUCCAGGGCAGCAGCCCAGAUACUGAUGCCGACGACGCGCCGCGCACUCAGCGAGAACGAGACCAUGGACGCGAGUCAACCGCUGAAGCGCUCAUCAGACGCCGCCGCGGCCGCGCUGUUCGAAGGUCUGCCGUCGCCGGCCGCCGACCCCGCCUCGGCGGACCCGUGCCCGCGGACGCUGGCGUUCGCGCGGUCGGAACUCGAGGCGCGCGGCGAGAGCCACGGCCUGGCGCACGCGAAACGGGUCCGCGCGCUGGCGCUCGCGAUCUAUGCUGAGCUCGGCGGCGACGACGCGCGCGUCGUCGAGGUCGCCGCGCUCCUCCACGACGUCUGCGACCACAAGUACGUCGACCCGGCGACGGACGCGGGCCGCGCGUGUAUUGAGAGACGAGACCGCUUCCUGGCGGAGACCUUGUCGGCAUCAGACGCGGCCGCCGUCGUACAAAUAAUGGGCGCCGUGUCGUACUCGCGCGAGGCCAAGGCGCUCGCACGCGGUGAGGUGCCGGCCUGGGCCGCGCUGCCACAACAUUACCAGGUGUUGCGGCAUUGCGUCUCUGACGCCGAUAAGAUCGACGCCAUCGGCGUGCGCGGCCUCGAGCGCUGCGCGGCGUACGCGCGAGAGCGAGGGGUACGCGGGUCGUUAAAUAUCGCGCGCGAGGUGGCGGAGCACUGCGACGAGAAGCUGCUGCGGCUGCGGGACGAGUACGUCCGGACGGCGCCGGGCAAGCGCCGCGCCGCGCCGGGCCACGAGUGGCUCGCCGCCUGGCGCGAGCGAGCGCGUGAGGUCGUGGGGUUUUAAAUUCAAC